AUGGCAACUCCCUUUUUAGCCAAAAAGCACUCGACAUUCAGAAACAAUGCCGGCAAAGGUGCUAUUUGCGUAGAGUUUGGUCGAGAGGGUAUCAAGUGUCGCGCUGACAUCGGCUGUCUGGACCAGGUGGGCAAGGUGGCCGACAAGUGCUUGAAAUCUACCCAAAAGUCUGCCAAGCAGCCUGCAGGCAAGGUUGCAGACUCGACGGGCAUCAGCGGCGAACAAGCCCCUACCAACGGGCAUCUUGGCCAGCCAGCCUUUGCCGAGGCAGUCAAAUUGUUCAAUUCCCGUCAGCAGGGCCCUGGUAACGGCUGUGACGCCGAGUUGCUUAAAUCGGCAAACCAUUACAUGGACGUCCAGAAUAAUGGCGAAGAUCCCGAGUGUCGCGAUCAUGUGCGAAAGUCCGCGCAGAAGUGCACCAAGUUCGUUCAAAACAAGAAGACCAUCGACGGAUCGGCUAAGACGGCUUUCCGUGAUUGUGUCAACAAUUGUUACGACACUAGCAUGAGGGACAAGGAGUGCAGUACGAAAAACUAG